AUGGCCGUUGUGCUGUUGUCUCGACAAGCAAAGAUAAGACAUGUUCUCCCAUCCGUCAUAAUGAGAGCAGGGACCUCCAAAGGACUCUUCAUCCAUCGCCACCAUCUUCCAGACCGAGAAGAAGACUGGAGUGCCAUCCUCCUAGCAGUUAUGGGAUCCUGUCCGAGACAAAUUGACGGUAUGGGAGGCGCAACUUCUACAACAUCCAAAGUGGCCGUCAUCUCAAAUUCAGCGCGCCCUGGAAUCGACGUCGAUUAUACGUUCAUACAAGUCGGAGUUGGCUCUGAAGCCGUAGAUCUCUCUGGCAAUUGUGGGAAUAUUCUCGCUGGUGUAGGACCUUUUGCUCUUGAUGAGGGACUGGUGAAGGCAAAGGUCGGUCAGACUGAGAUUAACAUCCAUAUUUUCAACACGAAUACAAAUCGCACGAUCGUCGAGACAAUACAAGUCGGAGAAGAUGGCAAAUUCGAAGAAGACGGCUACUUCAGUAUGGGAGGAGUCAAAGGCACAGCGUCAGAGAUCAAAGUCGCAUUCGUGGACCCAGCAGGAAGUAUGACAGGAAAACUCUUCCCGACAGGAAAGCGACAAGAACAACUCCUCGUUUCGAAUGCUCCAGAUAUGGAGCCAUUCUACGUUCAAGUCACCAUGUGUGAUGCCGCAAACCCGUUUGUAUUUGUCGAAUCCUCAUCCAUGCCUCAAAUCUGGCACGAUAUCGACCGGAACAGCGACAUCUCCUUUGAUCUCGUGGAAUCCAUCCGCUGCGCAGGUGCCGUGACAAUGGGCUUAGCAAAAGAUAUCUCAUCAGCUCAUCUCGUCAGAGGAAGUCCCAAAAUCGCCAUCCUUUCCCCAACUCUAACAGCAAUUUCAACAUCCUCAAACGAAGCGCUGAAACAUCCAGCUGACGUCUCGAUCAUAGCUUAUAGCAUGGGUCUCCCUCAUCCAAGUUUCCAACUCACAGGGGCAGUGUGUCUCAGUGCCGCGAUUGCAGUUCCGGGUACAGUGGCAAGUGAUCUUGCGAAGAAGAGAGAAUUGAUUGAUACACCGCCAGAGACUCCACUAGAAUCAUGGUGUGGAGAAGAGGUUGAUAUGUUGGUGAAGAAAAUGAAGAAGCAGGUGACGAUCGCGCAUGGAAGUGGAGAGAUGACGACGGAUGUAGAGAUUCUGGAAAAGGUGGAUGGGGAGGUGGUGGUUAAGAGUGUGAGUGUUUCGAGGACGGCAAGGAGGUUGAUGGUUGGGAACGUGCUAUUUGCUCUUUAG